GGAAGUGGAAACAGCAGAAUGAUUUUCUAAAGCUGUGGAGGACCGUGGGCUUUGUUUUGUUUUUAGCGAAAAGGCCAAAAUGGCCAGGAUUUUAUUUUAGGGGGCCCUUAGAGGACUUCAUCGGUCUCGACGCCAGCUAGUUUGGAAGAUAUUGAACAUGUCCUGUCCGGAUUGAUCUAUCUUUUCAAACCGAAAGCCCAACGACGAGUGCUUUUUUUCUUUUUGACACAGCUCUGCUCUUCGCCUGGCCUGUGACGUUUUGAAAAGGAAGUUAGCAUUAGGUAGCUAACGUUAGGCUUUAUUUUUUUAACUUUUACUUUUCAAUAUAUAAUUUCAUUAAGUUAUCAUCGACCAUUUUCUACGUGUAAAUAACAUAAAGUUUUAUGGAAUUUAACGGAUGACCAGUGUAGGGAAAUAAAGGGCACAGUGAUCAAGACAUCUUUCCGUACAGGUAGUCCGUUUUCAGCUAGCCAACCCUUUUGUUGUUAGCAUCUUGUGUUUAAUGUUCGCUUUACUCAGUGAUCUAAAGUGACACUGACGUUUACACGGAUAGCGAAAGGGACAGUCUGUGUCUGUAAGCACGGAACUCGGCAUAUCAAGUACUGUGGAUAGAUCCUCUCUCGAGUGACCCAUCAUGUACGCACCCCCUGGACCCACUCUCCCCGGGAAUAGGCGUCGCAGAGCGGGCACAGCUCUACCGAAGCAGCCGGAGAGGAGCCUGGCCUCUGCCCUGCCUGGAGCCCUGUCCAUCACAGCGCUGUGUACAGCCCUGGCAGAGCCCGCUUGGCUCCGGGUACACGGGGGAACAUGCCCGCGACAGGAGCUGGGAGUCGCGGACGUGCUGGGAUACAUAGACCCCAAACUCCUGGAAGAGUUCUGUUUUAAUUCCCAGACCGUGCUCCUCCUGCGUGUGAUCGCUGCGUUCUGCUUCCUCGGGAUCCUCUGCAGUCUCACCGCGUUCCUAUUGGACGUCUUUGGGCCCAAACACCCCGCCCUCAAAAUCACACGCAGAUACGCCUUCGCACACAUCCUCACAGUGCUUCAGUGUGCCACAGUGAUCGGUUUCUGCUACUGGGCCUCAGAGCUGAUAUUGGCUCUGCAGCAGCAGCACAAGAAAUACCGCGGAUCCCUCAGCUACGUCACCUUCGCCCUCAGUUUCUAUCUGGUGGCUGGAGCGGGGGGAGCGUCUAUUCUGGCCACAGCAGCCAAUCUACUCAGACACUACCCCAGUGAGGAGGAGGAGCAGGCGUUGGAGCUUCUGGCCCAGAUGGAGGACGGAGCUGACGCCUUCCCAGCUGAUUAUGACAUCACCAACCAGUUCCAACCACCGCCCGCUUACACGCCCUAGGAGAACACACACACACACACACACACACACACACGCACGCACACACACCCUAGGAGAACACACACACGCGCGUACACACACACACACACACUCACACACUCACUACCUGCACCUGCAUAACAGUCACACAGAUGCUGCACCUCCUAUUCCACAAACCUUACACACACACACACACACACACACACACACACGCUUGCGCAUGCACACGCUCACACACACACACACAUGCACACACACACACAUGCACAUGCGUGCGCAUACACACACAGACACUGCAGCCUUUUCCACAAGUUUUGCCCCCAAAGAACCACUGUCCCUCUGACACACACACACCCUUCAACCGCAAAUGACCUGGCGUGGUAGACACACACACACACACACACACACACACACACUCAUGUUGGAUGCCAUCCUCUUCUUAGCGGCUGCCUGCGUUUCAGUUCACAGCCUACAGGGUCACAGUCUGCACAUGUGUGUGUGUGUGUGUGUGUGUGUGUGUGUGUGUGUGUGUGUGUGUGUGUGUGUGUGUGUGUGUG